GAAGCGGGCGACAUGACCCGUAAGUCCUCCUCGGCAGGCCCCUGAGAAUCCACCCUCACCUAAAACUAAUUUAAAGAACCAGGUAGUGUACGACUCCUCUGUUUACCGGACCAGACAAUAAUACAAUAUCAUAGCUUUCGUACGUGGUUGUUUCGAUCUCUGUUUCGUUGUCUCGUGUGACAACAAUACCGUCCCGCAGCUCUCCUUCUCUUUUACAAUUUCUUCCGCCGAUAACAAACGUCUAGCUACGACGAGGUAUCGAAGCAAGGAUUAGCCGCAUGGGUGAUGGUCCUACUGGAAUAAAAGUGUUCCAGGACCAUUUUCAAGCUUCAACAUCAGGUGUUGACUAUCCUGAAAGCCCAACUCUUUUUACCCCUUUGAGGAAUAGUAGUUACAACAAGUCUUUUAGAUCGUGCAGCGGGUCGUGGACCAAAAGUAAGUUAAAGAGCACAUUAUCAAUGCUGAAGUUACUAAGCCUGCGAAGACUACCCUGGGUUGCAGACACUGAUGGACAGGAAAAGGUGGUUUUAAGUGCAGCAGAGGUCGCAUCUCUGCGAUCUGAAAUUAAUGAUUUAGAAGAAAGAGAAUCACAUCUGAAAGCUCAAUUAGAACAUGUUGAUGAAAUUCUACGAUCGGCUCGUCUCUGUGGAUAUCUUUAUAUUAGAAUGAGAUGGGCAGCAUUACCCGGCGAACUUCCUCCCAUUGAUGAUGCUGAAGUUGAUGACUGGGUUCCAAGAUUCAUUGUCCUUCACGGAUCAUGUUUUUAUAUCUAUAUGUGUUCUACGGAUAUGAGUCCUCAGGAUUCCACUUUGCUGUUAGAUGUGGUCGAAGUAGGUCCACUGGCUUGUCUUGUGCGAGAAAAUGAGGAAGCUCGGCAUGGCUUUUAUAUUUUAACUCGUCAAGGAUUGCGAUAUGAAUGCUCUAGUGCAUCCAGAGUACAGGUUGAUACAUGGUUGGAAUCAUUACAGGCUGACUGUAAGUUGGGCUCAAAAUCAUCGCCUCCGAAAGCAGAGAUGGACUCUUCUCAGACUUUAAACUUUAAACCUUUAAACGUCUCUCCUCAAGGGAAUGAGUGUGCAUAGGUUUGGACUUUCCAUACAUACUUAAGUGCACGUGGUAAACUACUAGAUUGACAUAGCUUUGUAACGUCGGUUCCGGGAAAUCAGACUGAGAAAAUUAGCAAUUGGGGGUGAUGGUGAUGGUAUGUACAGUGUACAGUGUUCAAUCGACUUGUUUCCUAGUUAGAAAAAUCUCCACAUUGAUAAAUAUGACAACUUGAGGGUAAACAAACUUUUGUUCUAUAAUGUCUUUGUGAUUGGAGAGGCAUGCUCUUUACCAAGCUUUGUUACAUGUUAGUACUAUAUGGUGUAUGCAUAUUAGUUGGGCCUAUAAUAAUUUACAAUCGUGUUAAUUAUAAAUCCGGAGUAAUUGUAAAUUGUAAGGAGAUGUUCUGCACAAAUUCGAAGACUCAUGUGUCAUCAUCAUGUGGAAAUGAAGAGUAUUAAUAAAAGUUAUCAUGUUCAUA